UUCGUUUCAGCAUGGGUUGGUUCUAUUGCUUAUGGCUUAUCAAUGUUUGUUGGUCCUGUUACUGGACUCACGAUGAAGAGGUUUGGGCACAAAUUUGCCAUGGUGUUAGGAGGAUUUCUGUGUUCAAUAUCACUGUGUGCAUCCUCGUUUGUCCAAGGCAUCGAUCAGCUAUUCUUUACAUUUUCUUUUAUCUACGGAGUUGGAGCAUGUAUGUCUAUAACACCCACCAUGACACUUGGUCAAGAUUAUUUCGACAAGUACCUCGGAGUAUCAGUUGGAAUUAUGACAUCUGGAAGUAGUAUUGGAACUUUGAUAAUGGCACCAACAACUCAGACUCUCAUUGAUGCCUUAGGAUGGAGAAAUACUUUCAGAGUAUAUGCUGGAACAUGUCUUCUGACAAGUAUACUAAAUCUUUUCAUAAGGCCAAUAACCAAUCGUAAAAAGACUCAAUCUGAUGAAUUAAGGACAUCACCGUUAAGAAGAUUGAUUGCAGAAUUAGCUCUGUGGAAGAACAGAGUAUUCAUUGUAUGGACGACUGGUAUAACUCUAGUAAUGUUUGGUUAUUAUAUUCCUUAUGUUCACUUGGUGUCGUUUGCUGUCGAUCAAGGGGCAACGGUUGAGCAAGGUUCAAUAAUUAUAAUGGUAUUUGGAGCAUCAACAGCCACUGGUAGAUUGCUUUUUGGCAAGAUUGUACAACUUGGUUUGUUGAAUAGACUUCACAUGCAUCAACUAUCAAUGAUUUUAUCUGGAUCAGCCACAAUGUUUCUCCCACUAAUAUCGUCAUAUGAUGGUCUUCUGGUAUUUAUCAUAUUCUUUGGAUUGGUGGAUGGUUGUUUUGUGGUACUGUUACCCUUAAUGACAUGUUCUCUAGUACGGACUGAUAAGGUGGCACUAGCUUGGAGCUUUCUGAUCUGUAGUUCAUCAAUAACAUUUACACUUGGACCACCAGUUGCAGGUUUUAUGUACGAUGCAUUAGGGUCUUACAAUCUUCCCUUUCACUUUGCUGGAGUUCCUGUAAUACUCGGAGCAUUGGUCUUAUUCUUGAUUCCAUGG